UUUCUUCAAAACCAAAAACAUAGGAAAAAAAAAGAGAAGAGAGAAGAAACAAUUCAAGAUAAAUAUAACAUUAGUUUCGAAUGGAGAUAGCAAAGGAUUCAGUAUCAAACUCACCUGGAUCAUCAGUUCUUAACCCCUUCUAUUCGCCGGUAUCAGAUAACUCAAAUUUAUCGAACACUAUUACUUCGGAUGUUUAUGGCAUUCAAACACCAGCUUUUUUCAAUGUGUUGAAAGACGAUACUGGGAAUUUUAAAGGCGAAAGUUCGGCCGGAAUGUAUCACAGUGGCAUUGUAGACACCGCCACGCCUUUUGAAUCUGUUAAAGAAGCGGUGAGCAAGUUCGGCGGAAUUGUCGAUUGGAAAGCUCAUAAGAAAAUGGCUGUUGAGAAGCAGAAGAAUGUCCAAUUGGAACUAAGAAAAGCGCAAGAAGAAAUUCCAAUGUAUCGAAAACAAUCGGAAAGGGCAGAAGUAUUGAAAGAACAAGCACUAAAAGAGCUUGAUAAGACGAAGAGAAUGGUAGAAGAACUGAAAUUAAAACUCGAGAAAGCACUGACUGAAGAAGCUCAAGCGAAACAGGACUCUGAGCUCGCCGUACUAAGGGCAAAAGAAAUGGAGCAAGGUAUCGGUGAUGAUGUUAGUGUAGCGGCGAAGACACAACUAGAGGUUGCUAAAGCAAGACAUGAAGCAGCACUGACUGAUUUGAUAUCGAUAAAAAAAGAGUUAGAAGAACUCAAAGGAGAGUACGCAGUUUUAGUUAAGGAGAGGGAUUCAGCAGUGAAAAAGGCCGAAAAGGCUGUUGCUGAUUCGAAGGAGAUUGAGAAGACAGUGGAGGAUUUGACAUUGGAGUUGAUCACAAUAAAGGAAUCAUUGGAAUCGGCUCAUGCAUCGCACUUGGAAGCCGAAGAAAGUAGAAUUGCUGCUGCAUUGGCAAUGGAACAGGAUUCUCAGAGUUGGAUAAAGGAUUUGAAAAAAGCUGAAGAUGAUCUGAUGCAACUCAAUGAACAGUUUUCUUCAUCGAAAAAUCUCAAGUCAAAAUUAGAUACAUCAUCGGCAUUGUUGCUAAAUUUGAAAGUUGAAUUAGCAACUUACAUGGAAGCUAAACUACAUGAAGAGAAUUCACCAGGUAUAUCAACACAAGAAGCGGUCGUUUCCAUUAGAAAAGAGCUUGAGGAAGUGAAGCUAAGCAUUGAGAAAUCAAAAGAAGAAGCUGAAUGUUUAAGAGUUGCUGCAGCAUGUCUUAAAUCAGAGAUCGAAAACGAGAAAGAAGCUCUCAGCACUUUGAAACAAAAAGAAGAGAUAUCAUUGAUAUCAAUAUCAUCUCUUGAGUCUGAGUUAAAAAAGACAAGUACGGAAUUAGAAUUGGCACUUUCAAAAGGAAAAGAAUUCGAAAAUGAAAUCAUUGAGUUGCCGAGCUUGCUGCAACAAGCAACACAAGAAGCCGAUCAAGCGAAGGGAUUUGCUGCUUUAGCAAGAGAAGAAUUGGAGAAAGCCAAAGAAGAAGCCGAACAUGCGAAGGCACAAGCAAGCACAGUGAGCAUAAGGCUCGAUGCCGCAUUGAAGGAAGUAGAGGCCUCAAAAGCAUCGGAAUUACUAGCUGUUGCUGCCAUAAAAGCACUGGAAGAGAGCGAGAAUAAUGCAAGCAACUCUUGUGAUAUUACAAAUGAUUCAGUUAGUCUCUCAUUCGAAGAAUACCGAGCACUUAGUGAAAAAGCACGUGAAGCAGAAGAUAUGGCGAACAAGAAGGUAAUUUUGGCGAUUGAACAGAUUAAAGAAGCAAAGGCAUCUGAGUCAAUGAGUUUAGCUAAGUUCGAAGAGUUAACCGAAGAAUUAAACAACAAAAAGGAAGCAUUAAGAGUUGCAAUUGAAAAGGCCGAAAAGGCACAAGAAGGCAAACUUUGUGUAGAACAAGAGUUAAGAACAUGGAGAGCCGAACACGAACAGCGAAGAAAGGCAAAUGAUGCAUCUUUCUUAUCUCAGAGUACAGAAGAAUGCAGAGGCCCAAAUUCCUAUAUUGAUGAAGAAAUUAUCAAUUCUGCAAACUCUGCAACUAAUCCAAAACUUUAUCUAUCAGAAAACAAUAUGCGAAGCGCGAAAUUGGAGACAAAAAUGAAGAAAAAGAAAUCAUUUUUUCCUCGCAUUGUUAUGUUCUUGGCAAGAAAGAAAGCACAGUCACUGAAGUGAUCAAAUAAUGUUGAAGAAUUCACUAACAAGCAUUCACAGUUCAUAAUUUAUAUAUGAGAAGACAUCUCAAAGAAUUUCUCUCAUUCAUUGACUUCAUGCUCUUGUAAGUGUUUCUAUAACUUCAAUUUCAGAUCUUAUUUGAGAGAUGAAUGGUUUCAUUGCUUGAUUUCAAAGUAGCCAGUUUUUUUUCA